AGGGGCAAGGGGGGGGUGAGAAAAUGAGAUCAACCAGCUCCCGCCGCAUACAAAGAUGAGUAGAUCAUCUUCAGCUCAGGAGUAGCCGGUUCAGUUCCCGUUGUCGUUGGUAGCCAGAUCAAUUCCUACAGGGAGCAUCUAGGCUGCGCCAUACUAGGGAGCCCUACUUAAGCCUCUGGAUCAUCGGAGAUGAGGUGACGAGGUAGUUAGCCAAAGAAAUGAUACGUGACCCGAAACGGUCACAUCAAUACUUAUCGGCAUGCUUCCACAACAAACCCAGCCGGAAUCUGACCGUCCGGCACUUACUAUCCAGCCUUCUUCCCCACGCUUUCUACUCCCCUCGUUGGAAUGAGCACCCACCUCUGGGGCCCACCGUAAGAUCGCGAUCGCAGUAGAUCUCAGCGACGAGAGUGCCUUCGCUGUGAAAUGGGCCGUCCAGAACUACCUCCGCCCAGGUGACGUCGUGAUCCUACUGCACGUUCGGACCACCGGCGUUCUUUAUGGUGCCGACUGGGGCUCCAUUGACCUAUCCGUCGACACCGACGAGGAGUCCCAACAGAAGCUCGAAGAUGACUUCGACGCCUUCACCACCACCAAGGUCACCGAUCUGGCUCAGCCCCUGGUAGAAACACGGAUUCCUUUUAAGCUUCAUAUCGUCAAGGACCAUGAUAUGAAGGAGCGGCUUUGCUUGGAGGUCGAGAGGUUAGGGAUGGGUGCCGUGAUUAUGGGCAGCCGAGGGUUCGGUGCCUCGAACCGCACCAGCAAAGGACACCUUGGCAGCGGGUGGACGGAGCACAACAUGGUGCUCCACGGGUGGACGGGUGCCCUUGCAUCGCUGAACCUGAAGCCAUCGAAGUCCUUGCUGGCGAGGUUCAGGGACGCAAAGAAAUGGCGGAGAGGCGGGUACGAUGAGAUCAUGGCGGGGGCGUUGGUGGAGAAGGAAGAAGCGGUGGUGAGCGAAGAAGGCACGACUUCUUUCAUUGUAAGCUCUUUCGGUCGAACAUAAUCGGAAGAAAGCUUUUCAGAGAAGGAAGAAACGGACGGGAAUAGGAGUGGGAAAGGAAACUGUUUGUAGGGUACGUGUCGAACGCAGGGGUGUCCGACACCCUCAAUUGGUUUAGGUAUAUAUAGAUAUAAGAUCAAGUUAACGGGUUGGCUUUUUGAUCCGAUUUGCUAGGAUCAGGAGAGAUAUUCGAAUCCGGAUCGGUAUAGGAUUCGGAUAGGAUCUGAUCCGACUUAUUUGCAGCACUAUUGAGGGUUAAUCAACGAGGGUCUGCUUUAAGGUUGAAAGUUGGAACUGAACUUCGAAGGUUUCUCCUUCUCAAAUUCUCCGAAUUGCGGUAAUUCGAACAUAAAGGUUCAUUCUCAGACUAUCCGAAGGUUCAUUCUCUGCAACGUCGCCUUAGAAGUUUGGCCUUGGUCUGUUCGUAGGUUUCGUCUAUGUCUCUGUUCGAAUGUUAGACGUGCAAAACUCUUCUCCUCUCUGUUCAGGGUUUGUUCAAAUCGCCGAAACAAGCUUCAACGUUGCAGGUGACCAACUUCUCACCGUUGUUUCUCGCUUCCAUCAUUUUCGCCAGCACCAAUCCAUCUGUGGUUUUGAUUGGUAGUUGUGUUUUUUUCUCUUCCAGUCGUCUUCUUCUCAAUAUUCAGACAGGUGGGUUUUGGUUAUUCGCCUUUUAUAGUACGAAAUUUUCUUCUGCUGUUUCAAUUAUCUUUAAAGUUUAAAGCAGUGGCGACAAUCAGACCGCCAUUUUAAAGUAAUGAGAAUACCACCGAAUCAUGGACUUCAAAGUAUUGUUUUUCCUAGAUUUAAUAUAGUCAUAUUGCAAGAGCAGAGACAUAGGCUCAAUGCCUUACACCUGAUGGUUUGAUGCUUAUUUCUGUCAAUGUUGGGUGCUAUACUUCAGAAUUGCAAUGCAAUUUUUCAGUUCUAUGGUUCAGGAUGAUUCAAAUUAUGAAAUGUUAGAAUCUUGUGAUUUUAUUAGGUUAUGAUUGACAUUUGAUUUUUGCAUCCAUCAUGGUGUCUUUGCGCUUCCCUUUCUCGUUUCCUCAGCCCUCAAAGCUCCCAUGUCUCUUCUCGUUCCUUUUCUUCAGCAACCAUGGUGGGGUCUGUUGCAGCUGCAGUCGGUGUUGGGAUCGGAAUGGGUCUCACCAUUUCCCAUAAAAUUACAAACCAGAAAGACCCAUUUGUCAAGAAUGCACUGGAUUUCUUCUCCAAUUACCGACACAGUUGAUAUUCUCCCAUGUGGGCUACUCUUUCCUUAGCAGAUAAUACCGCUGAUUGUUUGCUUUAUUAGCAAUGAUUGUAUUCUUUAUAAUCCUCAUAUUUGUCUACGACUAUCUGCAACUGAAAAUUGAUGAUGAGAAAUUUGUCAUUGCCAUUAAUUGGUCACUUGUUCAUUAUCUUGAUGUUUUUACCAGUAAACAGAUUCCUAUUACCAAAUUAAGUAGCAAAGUUACUAGAUUUUA